AUGGACGACGACUACGUUGUGGAGGUGCUUGCCCGCGAGGCCCGCGACAGCUCUCAGAGAUAUCGGACGGAUGGGCUCAGCGCAUAUAUGCCGCAAAGACCUACUGGCAACGCACCCAAACCAAAUACCCGAUUCCUGCGACAUCUGAUCAAAGAGACAGACAGUCAUAAUACCUCCCUGAAGCGCAAGGAGGAGAGGGAGGCAAGAGAUCGUCUACGCCAUCUGAGGUCUCAUCCUCAAGACCUGUCGACAUCAAAGUCUACUCCGUCCACCCGCAGACCUGACCCUCGAUCUAGUACGUCGGAGCUGGCAAGAAGCCAUGGCGAGGAGCAGCGAGUCCGCUCGAGUCGAGAUCAGCAUGAGAGUCGUUCACGACGGAGACACCACGCACGUGAUUUGUGUGCCGAGAGAGAUCGGUCCAUACGUCCCGACCUCCGAGAUGAGUCGCGUGGCCGAUCCUCGAGAGAUCACCGUGCCCGUCGAGAACGCAGCCAAGACCGUCAUGCGUCUCCUCAAAACCCCCGCUCCGGCCGAGGGAGACCUCGUUCACGCUCACGCAGCCGAUCCCCUCGGCGGGACAGGAGUUCGGGGCAUCGUAGCCAUCCCAAUACCCGCCGAUCAAAGUCUCCAUCGAACAAGCAGUCCCAUUCACGACGGUCAAGGACAGAACGCCGAUCAGAGGGUACCGAACGUCACAGAGAUCGGCUACCUCUCAAAUCACAUUCCUCUUCGACUCGAACCUCAACCAAUCCUCGCAAACAGACACAAGAGUCGCCGUCGAUCUCCACCACCCCUUCAACUCUACGGCGUGACUAUCCCGAAGACGAUUCGGACCCUCUGGAAGAUCUCGUUGGUCCGUUGCCUCCACAUAUUCAUGGCGAGGGCGCUGCCCCUAUUAUUUCGCGUGGCCGGGGUGCAUACAAGCCCAGCGCCAGCGCCAUUGAUGCCCACUUUGCUCCGGACUACGAUCCUACAGACGAUCUUCCAUCUGAUGAUGACCGGGUUACGUCUCUAAACAAGAGUUCCCGCCGACCCGUUGCAGGUCUCAUGACUGCAGAUGACGAUUGGGAUAUGGCGCUCGAGGCACUGCGCGACCGACAGCGCUGGAAACAAAAGGGGGAAGAGAGGCUACGUGCUGCGGGGAUGAACGAGGUGACGAUCGAUCGGUGGAAGAACAAUGCCGCGUUCACGGGGGCGGCCAGCAACGAGGACAAUCCCGAGAAUGUGCGUUGGGCAAAGAAGGGUGAAGGUCGAGAGUGGGAUCGGGGGAAGGUGAUGGAUGAAGAUGGGCAUAUUGAUGUCCGAGCUGCAUGGUGA